CCACUUGCUGGUCUUCGCUGGCUCUGCCUCUGUUUACCCUUCCUUCUUCUUCUCCAGCUACUCUAUUUUCUAUACGCCUUUCUUCUACUACGUCUAUUUCCAAAGAAAGUUCCUUUUUCUUCAUAUAGCUGUUUUUAUUAUUGAUUGUGUUUGUUGAGUAUCUGUGGGUUUUUUUCUUUUUCCUGUGACAAGGAGGUUUUAUCUUUGAAUUGAAGCAUUUGAGUGUCUUCGGUAUUAGAUGGACUUUUACUGAGCACUGGUUUUGGCUAUCGGAUUUGAUAAGUUGAUUAGAGUGGCUUGUGGGCCGUUAAGGCAAUCUGGCAAAAGGGGGAUUUUUGAAAGUAUUUCAAAGUUGCUGCUGUAUUUUCUGUGUGAUUCAGUAAAUCCAGGUUUCAUGAUUGGUCCGAGACAAUGGAGAUGUUUAUGGCCGGAUUUUUACUUCUUUGGCAUUGAAUUCUAUCCCUUUAUGAUACUAUGAAGAAUUUUCUGAAAAGGCUUCAUAUCAUGUCUAAUCAAUCAGAAGCUGCAGAAGGGUCAACCUCGUCAAGGGACAAUAAUUCAAGUCAUGGAUCAUCCCCUGAUAGACUCUUGCAUUCAAGGUCUCACCAAAAUCCCGAGCAUAAACAACCUCUAUCUAGUCUUUCUAAUUGGUUGAAUUCAGUUGCUCACAAAAAAAGUCCCAGUCCACCAUCUUCUUCCAAUGUAAAGAAAGGAGAGAGAAUGGAACCAAGUAAUUCAGCAAGUGCUAGUGGUGUAGAUCCUGCUUUGGAUAACUUGAAGCGUGAUUCAGAGUCCAGUAACUCAAGGGAUCCUGAAAUAGAAGAGGAGUAUCAGAUACAAUUGGCUUUGGAGUUGAGUGCAAGGGAGGAUCCUGAAGCAGUUCAGAUUGAGGCUGUAAAGCAAAUUAGUUUAGGAUCUUGUGCUCUAGAGAAUACUCCAGCUGAAAUUGUCGCCUAUAGAUAUUGGAAUUACAAUUCUCUUAGCUAUGAUGACAAGAUCCUGGAUGGGUUUUAUGAUUUGUAUGGAGUCGUGACUGAAUCAACUCCAGAAAGAAUGCCUUCACUUGUAGAUCUACAAGGAACCCCUGUAUCAGAUAAUGUUUCUUGGGAAGCAGUUUUGGUCAAUAGGGCUGCUGAUUCCAAUCUGUUGAACCUUGAACAGAAAGCACUAGACAUGGCUGUCAGGUCAAGAUCGGAAUCUCUAGCUUUCACAAGCUCCAAUUUGGUGCAAAAUCUUGCUAUUUUAGUUGCUGAGUAUAUGGGUGGACAGGUUGGGAAUCCUGUCAACAUGUCCCGUGCAUGGCAAAGUCUUAGUUACAGUUUGAAAAAAACCCUUGGUAGCAUGGUUUUGCCUCUUGGAUCUCUGACAAUUGGAUUGGCUCGUCAUCGGGCAUUGUUGUUCAAGGUUUUGGCUGAUAGUGUGGGCAUCCCUUGCCGCUUAGUGAAGGGACAACAAUACACAGGUUCCGAUGAUGUGGCAAUGAACUUUGUGAAGAUUGAUGAUGGAAGGGAAUACAUUGUUGACCUAAUGGCAGACCCUGGCACACUCAUUCCUGCUGAUGCAGCUGGCUUGCAUGUGGAAUAUGAUGAUUCUUUCUUUUCUGCUAGUCCUUUGUCUAGAGACAUGGAUUCAUCUCAGAUAGCUUCUUCUAGCAGUGGGGUUGGGAGUUCAUUUGAAGAACAUGCAGAAUUUGGUUCAUUGGAGAAGAGAUCCAGGCUAAAAAAUUUGGCUACUGCAGGAAACCAAUCUGAUGAAGGAGGUGAUUCUAAUGCUUUUGCAUGUUUGACUGAGACUGGUAAAAGUGGGGAACAACCCAAGGGAUCCUCAAAUGACUCAAAAAAUCCUCCAAAUAGAGAGAAGGUCCCGGGACGAGAACUUCCAAACAGACCUAAUUAUCCUUAUUCACAUGCAAGGUCUCCUUCUUGGACAGAAGGUGUUAGCUCCCCUGCUGUGCGUAGAAUGAAAGUGAAAGACGUCUCACAGUAUAUGAUUGAUGCUGCCAAGGAGAAUCCACAUUUGGCUCAAAAACUUCAUGAUGUGUUACUUGAAAGUGGUGUCAUUGCUCCCCCUAACUUGUUUUCUGAAAUAUAUCAUGAUCCUGAGCAGUUAGAGACAUCAAUGGUUGAGAUUAGGUCUCCAAUCGAAGCUAAGGAUGAAAAUAGACAAGGCAGUGGAACUCAUGAAACUAAGAAUCAAGUUGAUUUUGGGCCUGGUAAUUUCUUGCCUCCUCUACCUCAUCGAAGAGUGCAUUCUAAAGUGAGCUCUCCACAUAAUCAACCUGAGCCUCUUAAACCUGUUGAAAGCUCUGGGGUCAACUAUCCAAUUGAGGCAAAGGAAGCACCUGGACCACCUAUUUCCUUGCCUGAAGCAGUUCCUGCACAGUAUGCCAAAAAUGUCCCUGUUGCUGCCGCUGCUGCAGCAGCAGCUGCUGUUGUUGCAUCUUCAAUGGUAGUUGCUGCAGCAAAGUCAGGCACUGACAUGAAUCUUGAACUUCCUGUAGCAGCUGCUGCCACAGCUACUGCUGCUGCUGUAGUGGCAACAAGUGCAGCAGCAGCGCAGGGGACACGCAGUGAUGGGGAUGCAGACUUAGCUAGUUGUGAGCCACAUGUUAGUGGUGAAAGGGAACAUAACAUCUUUGGAGUGAGUUCAGAAGGUGAGAGAACAUCAGAUAAAUCAGCAGGUAAUGAGAGUGCCAAAUCUGAUGUUGCACUUGAUGACGUUGCUGACUGUGAGAUUCUAUGGGAAGAAAUCACCUUGGGCGAGCGCAUUGGACUUGGAUCAUAUGGAGAGGUAUAUCGUGGGGACUGGCAUGGAACUGAAGUUGCUGUGAAGAGGUUUUUGGAUCAGGACAUUUAUGGUGAAUCACUUGAGGAAUUCAAAAGUGAGGUCCAAAUCAUGAAACAGCUUAGGCAUCCAAAUGUUGUUCUCUUCAUGGGAGCUGCAACCCGUGCUCCAAAUCUUUCAAUCAUCACAGAAUUUCUACCAAGAGGCAGUUUGUAUAGGUUACUUCAUCGGCCUAACAAUCAACUUGACGAACGAAGGCGUUUGAGGAUGGCCCUUGAUGCUGCUCGAGGAAUGAAUUACUUGCACAACCGCACACCAGUGAUUGUACACCGUGAUUUGAAGUCUCCAAAUCUUCUAGUUGACAAAAAUUGGGUUGUCAAGGUUUGUGAUUUCGGGUUGUCAAGGAUGAAGCACAGCACGUAUCUGUCUUCAAAAUCAACUGCAGGCACGGCUGAGUGGAUGGCUCCAGAAGUGCUCAGAAAUGAACCUUCAAAUGAAAAGUGUGAUGUUUAUAGCUUUGGGGUUAUCUUGUGGGAGCUCUGUACGUUACAACAACCAUGGGGGGGAAUGAAUGCAAUGCAAGUGGUUGGUGCGGUAGGAUUUCAGCAUCGCCGCCUUGAUAUUCCAGAUGAUAUGGAUCCUGCCAUUGCAGACAUUAUUAGAAAGUGCUGGCAGACAGAUCCAAAGUUGAGACCAACAUUUGCAGAAAUCAUGGCUGCAUUGAAGCCAUUACAAAAACCUAUAUCCAGUACACAAGUGCCUCGAUCAAUUGCAUCUAGCCGGCAGAAGGGUCAACCAUCAAGAGAUGCAGAAGAACAAGCAGGCUAGAAGCUUUAACUUCUUGGAUCGCCGAGUUGCUUCCAUUGGGCAAGUCUUGCACUGUUUGUGAAUUAUGAGCCAACAUUAAACUCACUCCCAUGUUGUGAUUCUUUUUCCAAGUUGCCCCUUUACACCACUUUAUUCAUGAUGAUAAAAGUAUUUAUAAAGUUUUGUAUCUGUUUGUAAAAAAAAAAAAAGAAUGAAAAAAAUUCAUAUUGAAAU